GGGCCGACCCGAUUCAAGCCCUUCCGUUUUGGCACCGCUCAGCACCGCCGCACACAGCGACUGAAACUAAGCCCAUUGUUCGAAAAGCGCUGAAUUGAAAACCAAACCAAAUAGAUGUUUUUGUUUACCAAUCAAAGUUGACGAUGGAGUGAGGAAAUCUCGAUUCUAAGAGAUCUCAAGCUUGAAAGACCCGAAGAAAUCGCCUGGAACAAACAAGAAAUCACUCUUUACGCUAUGUUGCUGCAAAUUCUUUCAAUAUACAGGAACUUGAUUCUUCAUGUUGGUUUGUCUCUCUCGCUUUCUUUUUUCAUCAUCUUCUUCAAAAUCCCAUCACUUUUCCUUCAUGGCAUAUUCACCUACAUCCACCCUGAUAACACUAACAGCGGCGUCCGAGCCGCGAUUAAUAGACCUGACGGCUCUACCUCCGUUUCUGGACUAGAGGGGUACCGAAACUUGUCCUCAACUGGUGCCGCUGAGAUCAGGAAAAGAACAAAGUCGAAGGACAAGGUUGAGUUUGAUGAAAGCAAGGCGCAGAUCUUCAGGUUAAAGCUGGAUGAGAAUCAUUUGCAAACGCGGAUCUAUUACAAAGAAUACAGAGAUGGUUUCACUUUUACAUUUGUGGGUAUUUCUUGUUUACUGCUGCAAAUUUUCUUGGGUGCAUCUAAAAAUUCUGGGGUUUGGGGAAAUGGGAUUUUUGUUCCUCUUCUGUUUGCAAUCUUUGCUGGAUGUAAGCUAUUUGUAUCUCUCGCUAAGGUUGCUUUGGAGAAAUCUGCGUCCAGAACGUUGGAUAGGCAAUUGAGUUUACUCUUUGGAGUUUUUGGGUUUCUUUUUGGACUUCUAACUUGUUCUGCUUUUAGCCCUCUUAUAUUGGAUUUUGAUCUUGGUGAAAUUGGUGGUUUGGGGGCAUGUAUCGUUGCUAUCUUAAUGGGAUGUUUUGGUGGGUUUUUGUUUAUACCUGCAACCAAAAUCGCUCGAUCAUUUUGGCUUGGAACUGAUCAAAUUAGAUGCAAUUUAGAUAUGGUUUAUUGUGGAUGGUUUUCUCGGAUGGUUUUGUAUUCAAGUCAGGUAGCCAUGGCUCUCACUACCUUGCUUUGGGUUAACCCAUUAGCUGAAAUUUUCAUUAACAAGAACAUCGGCGAAGGUACAAUUGAACAUAUGUCUAGUGAAAUCCGAAAUGCGGACAGAUUGGUUGGAAGUAUAGGAUUCUCAAGGGCUGAUUUUGCCAAGCUUAAGCUCUGGUGUUUGUCACUGUCUGGUUUCUUGCAAAUCAUCGCAGUAAGACAGAACUUGCAAAUGUAUCUGAACGAAGCUCUGUUAUCUUGGUAUCAAAGAUUGCAUGCUGGGAAAGUUCCUGACUUGGAUUUCAGUAGAGCGAAGGUUUUUCUGCACAAUCACUACUUAUGUGUGUCUGCUUUGCAGUUUUUUGCUCCACCAGCCUUAGUUUUGCUUUUUGUUGGGUUAUCUCAAAUUGGUAUCAACUCUUUGAAAAAUACCAAUUUGGUAAGUUUUCUUCUUCCCUGUUCUUCCUUUGUCCAACAAGUGGCUCUGUUAAUGGCUUGGUGGAUUGUCUCUGUAAUGACUAUUUAUACAUCAGCCACCAUUGUGCUAUAUCGUCGUGGCAUAUUGUAUGUUUCUUGACAAUGUGAAAUAUGCUAUCUUCUUCUUCUUCUUCUUCCUUUUUUUUUUUUUUUUUUUGGUUCACUCUCUCUCUCUCUAAUUUUUUUCCGGAAUUUUGUUCAUUGAGUUUAGACUGCUGUAAGAUUUUGAGCGAAAUGAGAACGGCAACUUGGUUGUAGCCAUGAAAAUAUCCAUUUUGUGCUCCUGAACUUCAUGAAUUAUAUUGUAUGAACGAAUGCUGAUCCACAGAUAAAAUUUUA